AUGAACAACACACGAGACGUGACGAACUGCAAGGUUUCUGUGACGGUCGAGGCACGAGCAACGGACAAGACGGGUCAAGUCAUCAUAUGUGCGUACGGAGCGAAGAGCAACCUGGCGCGCCCGAGCGUCACGCUCAGUCGUUCAAACAACGCCUUCACUUUGGUCUGCGGGAAGGGCGGAGAUGUGAUUCCGACAAACUACGAAGAAGCGUACUGCCCCCCCGUCAGCACCGAUGGCAAGGAAGCCCUCGAUACCUGCGCUGGCAACUACGCAACUAUUCUGCCUGCAUACAAGCCCAGCUGGUGGAGCAACAAGAAAGAAAAGACGUCGUACGAACUCUCCAUUCCAGGCGAUAAGUUCCCUGAGGAGGAGGUGACGUUCGUGGUGGGCUGCCGAAGAGCUUCCGGUGAGGAUGCGGCCAAGGGCACCGGCUCUAGUGCAGAAAAUCCUAGUGUCUGCUACGUGGAUGUGAGAAUCGAGGGCACUGGCAAGGUCAGUGCAUCCCACGCACCUUUGGUCACAGGAAUGUUCCUUGGCGUCUCCUUAGCCACUGCCGGCGUUGUGGUGUUCACUUCAUUUGUGUCAAGGCUGUGA